UUCCAAAAACUUUGCUGUUUAAUCCUCAUCCUUUUGUCUUUCCCUUAUUAACCAAUGGUGGAGUUAACAUGAUCCUUUUAAGCACGACAUUUUGGAGUUCACUUUUUGCAACGCGCAUCCCAAGAGUUUGCAGUCGAAUAAAUUGAUUUGCUUCUUUUCCAGAGCGAGUGGCAUCCAUCAUUCUGUCGGUCGGAGUAUUAAUGUGAACAGCAUUAAAUAUUCAGCUAAGAGGAAGCUGAGUGUCACUAUAUCGUGUUUGAUGAUAGGAGUUUAUUGAUGACUCCAGCAGGAGGAGUUCAUUGAAGCAGAUCCAAGAACACCCCAAAAACCACUGGGAGUAAUAAUAUUUGUCUGAUAUGAAUCAUAAAUUAUACAUCCUACAAAAUCCUCAGAGCUCAAAGGAGUGCCUGCAUGACCUCAUGUUGACUGAUGACUUCGUUCAGCUGCACUUUCUGGAAGUUUAAACCAGGAAAGACUGGAAGGUCGUUGGGUCAAUAAUCGAAGCUUUGUCGUUUCCUGUGCUGAGCUCAAUCAUUAAUUCGAGCGAAGAAGCCGCGGUUAAUCUUCAGGAUCAAUCUGUUUUUGCUCCACAGUCAUGCUUAAACAGAUUUAAAGCUCCUCAAGAAAUGCACUUUGAUGUUUCAAGCUCUAAUGAAGUUGAAACAACUCAAACAAGGAGAAAUAAUUCACUUUGAAGCACUUUCUGGCCGCUCUGCUUCUCUUUUAUCUUAAUUCCAGUUUUUUGUGUGUAAAAGUGGAAGUGGGACUGAGUGGUGGAUGCUCUGCUCCCAUUAACCUGACACCAGUCCUCCCACCCCGCCCCGCUCUGCCCAUUCAUUCAGACUGCUGGAGAGGAAACUGCUGCUCCCUCCGGGGACUCGGCAUUAUUAUAAUAUAGGAAGCAGAGCAGGCGGCCGUCUGUUAGAGGACAGAAAGGCUCAGGCUAACAUGGACGUUUACUUCUGCUGCUGAUACUUUUUAGGAGGAAGAGAACAGACAGCGGCCAUGUCGGAGAAGAAGCCUCGGGGAGCGGACACUCGACCCAAAUCUGGCCUCCGCAGCUGGAGCGCCGACAGCUACAUCUGGCGGGGGAAGAAGCGUUCCCGGAGCUCCCGCAAUGGAUCCAGUCCCGGCGGGUCGGAGGCGGACGGUUCCGAAGAGCUCGGCAUGCGGUCCACUUCCUGUUCCCGGCGGCGCAGAGAGCGGAAGUGCAGCUGCAGCGCUCUGGGUGACUCACUGAUGGCUGGAGACGUGGACGCCGUGUGCCGGAAGGCGCUCCACCGGCGGUCUCUGAGGCAGAAGUUUCAGGAUGCCGUGGGUCAGUGUCUCCCUCUACGCCAUCACCACCACCACCAUUACCACCACCCGCCCGGCUCGUCUCGCCCUUUCUCUGUACUGUUCUGGUCCAAAAGGAAGAUCCACGUCUCAGAACUCAUGCAGGACAAAUGUCCGUUCUCUCCCAAGUCAGAACUGGCCAAAUGUUGGCACCUUAUUAAAAACCAGGUGGCUCAUCCUGGUUCGCUGAAGGACAUGGAGACGCCGCUGAAGCCCCGCGUGUCGUCUUCCACUUCGCCGCCGCAGACGCCGCUUUCCUGGGAGGACAUCUGCUGCUCGCCCGCGCCGCUGGAAGACUGGGACCCAUCCUGCCUUCACGGCAGACCGGAUGGCGCCUGUGGCAACACUGACUACAUCCUGGUCCCCGAUCUGCUCCAGAUCAACAACAACCCGUGCUACUGGGGCGUGCUGAACCGCUUCGAGGCUGAGGAGCUUCUGGAGGGCCAGCCGGAAGGGACGUUUCUCCUGCGGGACUCCGCCCAGGACGAGUUCCUGUUUUCCGUCAGCUUCCGCCGCUACAGCCGCUCCCUGCAUGCGCGCAUCGAGCAGAACGGCAAGCGAUUCAGCUUCGACGUGCGCGACCCGUGCAUGUACCGGGAUGCCAGUGUGACGGGCCUGCUGAGGCACUACAGCGACCCGGCCACCUGCCUCUUCUUUGAGCCGCUGCUCUCCAGGCCACUGCCCAGGACCUUCCCUUUCCCUCUGCAGCACCUGUGCAGGGCGGUGAUCUGCAGCUGCACCACCUACCAGGGCGUGGAGGGGCUGCCGCUGCCGCCUCAGCUCAGGGAAUACCUCAGACAGUACCACAUUAAGUGUGACGGGGCCUGUGCCGCGUCGAUGCCCACAGCAGCUAACACGCAGGAUCUGCACUGACGAGGAGGAAGCUACAAGUUAGGAUGCUAACAACUAAUCUACUUAUGAUUAAUUGUUGAUUUAUUAGAUUCAAACUAGUUCUAAUCAAUUAAUUAAUCCGUUUAGAUCUUAUUUCAGUGUUGUAGUUUGGCCGCCAUCCAGCAGAGGGCGCCACUGGUCAUAGUUAAGGAGCCGUUGAUACAGAAACAAAGAAGGCAGGCAAAUCAGAACAGUCCAGAGUCCGGUGUGGGAUGAAAAAUGCACUUUAUGCUGUUCUGUUUAGAAAUGUAAACACUUGGCAACCUCUUUAAGUUUUCAGCAACUGAAGAGGUUCAUGUUUGGUAAUAUUUUAUAAAUAUGUUUAAGUUUAAUAAUGUGAGAGAACCACAAUAUUCUGUUUAUUCAUUUAUAUUUAAUACAGGUGACGAAAAAAUGUUACAGUAAAAAGAUGUUUGUUUUGUUUUCUUUAAAUCAGCAUAUGAAAAUGUUGCCUUUUAUAUAAUGCAAAGAUGGUCUGCCAUUGUUAUACAAGAGAAAACUAAGACUUUUACAAAAAUGGCCGCUUAUCAAUUGAUUAGUCAAUCAACUUCAGAUUAACUAAUUAUUCGAUAACUUGCAUCCCCAAUUUAAGUCCUUUCUGUGGUACAAUUUUAUUACCAUUUCAAACCAAAAUUGGCUCUAUAAUAAUUUAACGAAAAAGCUACUGUACAGCUGACCUAAUAAAUUAUUGAUUUUGUAAGUAUAAGCACCAAAAUAGCCACUUUAAUAAACUGAAGCACAUUGCAAAAGCAUUCAUAACUUAACUGUUUUACAGACUUCAUAAUAAUGUAUUUUAUGUAAAAUAGUGUUUAAUCAUAAAGUGUAAAGAAUAAGCUACAUGGUUUUCAACUUUUUUUUUCUACCAAAAAAUAUCUUUUAAAAACCCUAGUGUUUAUUUGUAUUCAACAUGGUGGCCACCACUAAUUUAUAUUAAACAUCAAUGGUGGUCACAAUAGCAGAGCUAAUUUUUCGUCAAACUCGCUAAGUUUGGGAACUUUGAAAACAUUUAGCGCACUUACUUUCUCCCAAAUUAUUUUUUAUGGAUCAAUUCCAAAACCCCAAUUUACCUGUUUGUUUGGUAAACUUUCAGCUGAAUAAAUUUAAGCAACUGUUUUAAAGUUUUUGUUUAUCGACUGUUGGGAUUUUUUCAUGUAGUUCUAUUCAUGCUCUUAUUGUGAAGUGGGAGGAGACUGUCUCCGUUUCUCUCGUCUCACGUGCUUUCCCUUUUUUCCCCUCUGGAUAAUUAUUUAAAAUGAGUACAAAACAAAACACGGACAGUAGAGAACAAGAUAUAAGUAUAAAAACAAUAUGGCCAUUAUAUAACAUGUAAAAUAUUAUCCAUAAAUUAAAUUAGUACCCGACGGUUGCAGUCUUUUAAGGGUUGAUAUAAUUUGAACUGACAUUAGCGCUAGCAUUAGCUUCUCCUUCUUAAUAUCACAUUAAAAUAAAGAGGAAAAAAGGGCUACUACAAGAAAAAUACUUUGUGUACCAAAUAUUUUGCAUUCAAGAAAACACUUGGAAGAUUUGAAACUAAUUAAAAGCAAAAAGGUUCAGAUUUUCAAUCUUGAAAACCAUGCAUCCUUUUUUCCACUUGUUCUCUACUUUGUGUCUGUGUUAAAAAGUUCAGGGGUAAUGAAUACUUUAGUAUAACAAUGUACCCGACCCUAAAUGUUGUAACAUUUCCCCCAAAAUCACACCUUAUGCCUUAUUCUACUGCACCUUUCAUCACUCCUUUCUGCUCAAACUUCCCUUGUCGCAACAGGUAAUUGUUGGGCAUUUUUGAUCAUUUGGACAGUUAUAUCUCCAGGUAAGGGACAAGUUGCGGUUGUUUCACAUGGAUAGUUUGUUUUCUAGACUAUGGCAGGCUUUUAUUAUCUUGAUGCCCAAUAUUCAUGAUCCCAGUCAGUCUAAAACUGUUUGCAUCUCAAACAGAUUUCCUCCCAUCGCCCACAGAAAAUGGCGUCAUUCCUCCAUUUUUACUUGAGCAGAUUGUCAUAAAAAUAGUGCAAAAACAUUAUUUUAGCAUUUAACUGUUAAACAAAAAUAAUACAAGGUGUUCAUUUGUAGAUCAUCUGAUUCUUUUGGGAAGAAUUUAGGAAUAAAAUCAAAUGUAAUUCUGCCUUUCGGCCACAAGAUGGCGCCAGAACUUAAAUCUCAUGUAACAUGUUUACCAGCUUUGGUUUACACACAGUUGUAUUUUUACAGUAUUAACGGUUUUAUUUUUGAGCAUAUUCACCUCACUGAUAAACAAACCAAUAAAAAUCCUUUCCACCGUC